CUUGUCUAAUAGUACUAGUGUUAAUUAAAUGAAGUGGCUUACUUAACUAAUUAUGAAAAAAAUAAAAAUAAAAAAAGGCUGGCAACUCUGCCGUCUUUUGGAGGUAUGUGAAACGGCCAGUAAUACACGUGUUGCCGGACUCCAUGGCCGCCAUAUUUCGGCGAUUCAGAGUCGUCCUCCCCGAACACACAAGAAAAACGAAUCUUUGAUUAUUCAAUCGAAUUCUUCCAAAGAUCUCGAAUUUGUUUUUAAAAAUAUUACAAGUAGCACUUCGUGGUCACCACCACCUAAUCAAUCACAUAACCAUCGGUUUAUAGAAGGCAACGACGACGCAUGGAUCAAUCAUCCACUUUGUCCAUGCGUUGACUUUUUUUCCAUUGCGAUCGGGGAAGAAAACAAGUUUUAUGGAAAUUUAGGGAUCGCAAUUCGAAAUCGAGCGGAUGGAGAUGCGGUGGGGUUUGAUAACAGCGAUUGUGACGGUGUCGGUGGUGGUGGGGUUUGCGGAUGAAUCGGGUCAAAGGGCGCCGUAUCGGAUCCACACGCUGUUCUCGGUGGAGUGCCAGAACUACUUCGAUUGGCAGACGGUUGGUUUGAUGCACAGCUUCAAGAAAUCCCGACAACCCGGUCCGAUUACCCGGUUAUUGAGCUGUACCGAGGAGGAGAUGAAGAAUUACAGAGGCAUGGAUCUCGCUCCCACUUUCCAUGUCCCCUCUUGGAGCAGACAUCCUAAGACCGGUGACUGGUACCCGGCAAUUAACAAGCCCGUUGGAGUUCUUCACUGGCUUCAACACAGUGAAGAUGCCAAGAAUGUGGAUUGGGUCGUUAUUCUGGAUGCUGACAUGAUCAUUAGAGGUCCAAUCAUCCCAUGGGAACUUGGCGCAGAAAGGGGAAGGCCCUUUGCUGCCCAUUACGGCUACUUGGUGGGAUGCGAUAACAUCCUUGUGCGUCUGCACACAAAGCAUCCAGAACUCUGUGACAAAGUUGGGGGUCUUCUCGCUAUGCAUAUCGACGAUCUUCGCGUUCUGGCCCCUCUUUGGCUCUCAAAGACGGAAGAUGUUCGCCAAGAUACAGCUCACUGGGCCACCGACAUUACUGGAGAUGUUUACGGCAAAGGUUGGAUCAGUGAGAUGUAUGGUUACUCCUUCGGUGCUGCAGAAGCAGGACUCAAGCACAAGAUUAACGACGACUUGAUGAUAUAUCCCGGGUAUGUUCCACGCGAAGGUGUUGAGCCUGUUCUUCUGCACUACGGCUUGCCUUUUUCCAUCGGUAACUGGUCUUUCACUAAACUGGACCACCACGAAGACAAUAUAGUCUAUGACUGCAACCGUCUCUUCCCGGAGCCUCCAUAUCCAAGAGAGGUGAAAAUGAUGGAACCUGAUGAGAGCAAGCGAAGAGGUCUUAUUCUGAGCCUGGAAUGCAUGGAUACAUUGAACGAGGGACUCAUACUGCGCCACGCAGAAAACGGGUGUCCAAAACCCAAGUGGUCCAAGUACUUGAGCUUUCUCAAGAGCAAAACUUUCACCGAGUUAACGAAGCCUAAACUGCUGGCACCAGGAAGCGUGCAUAUCUUGCCAGACCAACACGAGCCGGAAGAAUUCAGAGGGGCUUACCCAAAGAUCCACACGCUGUUUUCCACCGAGUGCACAACUUAUUUCGAUUGGCAGACAGUUGGGUUCAUGCACAGUUUCAGGUUGAGCGGCCAGCCCGGGAAUAUCACUCGGCUUCUCAGUUGCACAGAUGAAGAUCUUAAGAAGUAUAAAGGUCAUGACUUGGCCCCUACGCACUAUGUUCCUUCGAUGAGCAGACAUCCUCUCACAGGCGAUUGGUACCCGGCAAUUAACAAACCGGCAGCGGUUGUUCAUUGGCUUCACCACACGAAUAUCGAUGCAGAGUACAUAGUAAUUCUUGAUGCUGACAUGAUCCUCCGAGCACCCAUCACUCCUUGGGAGUUCAAUGCUGCUCGAGGCCGACCAGUUUCUACUCCUUACGACUAUCUUAUUGGAUGUGACAACGACCUUGCAAGACUUCACACGCGUAAUCCCGAGGCUUGUGACAAAGUGGGUGGAGUCAUUAUAAUGCACAUAGAGGAUCUCCGGAAAUUCGCAAUGUACUGGUUGCUUAAAACCCAGGAGGUCCGAGCAGACAGAGAACACUAUGGGAAGGAGUUAACCGGGGAUAUAUACGAAUCCGGUUGGAUCAGCGAAAUGUACGGUUACUCAUUCGGUGCUGCAGAGCUGAAUUUGCGGCAUAUCAUAAACAAAGACAUAUUGAUAUACCCCGGGUAUGUUCCUGAACCGGGCGUCGCCUAUCGAGUUUUCCAUUACGGUCUCGAGUUCAAAGUCGGGAACUGGAGCUUCGACAAGGCGAAUUGGAGGAAGACCGAUCUCAUCAACAAAUGCUGGGCCAAGUUCCCAGACCCUCCUCUUCCUUCCGCUGUCCAUCACACAGACAAUGAUCUUCGGCAACGAGACCUUCUCAGCAUCGAGUGUGCCCAGAAGCUUAACGAAGCUCUGUUUCUGCAUCACAAGAGAAGGAAUUGCCCCGAAUCGAGCCAGGAGAUCUCCUCGGGGUCGAGAAAAGUCGGCACAUUUGAAGCGAAGCAAGCGCAAGGAAGCGACGAUGCCAAAGAAACGACCGAGUCUGAAGGGAGAUUCAGCACGUUGAAGUUGUGGGUGAUCGCUCUCUGGUUGAUUUCAGGUGUAGGGUUCUUGGUAGUGAUGCUUUUGGUCUUCUCCACCCGUAAAGUCAGAGGAACAACCAGAGGGAAAGGUUACAGAAACAAGAGACGAACUUCCUACUCCAACACGAGUUUCUUGGACACGAAUGAUCGAGAUCGGUAUGUUCGUAACACAGAAACCUGAGAUUGAAGACGACGACGACGGCUCCUUGUUUCUUUUUCCGUUUAAACCUGAGCAUUGUAGAUACAAUUAAUUAUACCAAAAAAGGUCCACACAUUUUGCUUCCAGAUUUUUCCCCCAAAGUCAUAUAGGUUUCCUCUUUGUAUUAUUCUUAAGAAUUUGCUUCUUUUUUUAAUUUCUUACUAAAUUCGUAUUCUAUUUAUUCCUCA